AUGGUUGUACUGUAUGCUUCGUUUGUAGACUUCACUGUUCCGGAUUUCAUCUCAUUCCCCACACGUCUUAUGCCUUCUACUGCCCGCGGUUGUCAAACUGUGACAAACAAAUUGCGAUACGAUAAUCCUUGUAACAAAGACGGUUCCACGAUUUGCUCAUGGGUGGAAUGCCAUCAGGUUACCCAAGACAAACGCUCUAGCCGCGGUGUGCUGCUCGAGGUCGGCUCUGAUCUACUCUGCUUGAGCACACGCAGUCAAACUUACGCCAUGGAACUGCCUCUUUUUCCUCUGGUCAACGAGGAUGAGACCGUGGCUGAGUUUAAUCGGGAUAACAAGUAUAUUUUUUGUUCGCGUUGUUCACGGCUGGCUCAAACCUUCUCACCGUUGUUAGUUCAUCUGGCCGAGCUUUACGAUUUCCCGGAUAUUCAUCAUUUUGCCACUACUGGUGAGCAAGGUUUCGCAGAAAACUACGCUAUUGUAAUCGAUUCACAGCAUGUUAUCAAUUCAACUCAGGAUAACUUCCAGGCAAGCCAAUUCUGA